AUGGCGGGCGCUGCAGAGGUGGAGUCGUCCUUGUCGCCACUGAUCCGAAAGCUCCGACAUCAGCUGGCUGAGAUUCGGGAACGAGCUCUUAAGAAUAUUUUAUGUAAAUUGGAUCAUAAUUUAAUUACGUAUGCUGACUUGGUUCAGGAAAAGCUGCUAUUUCUUAGUCUUUUGGAAUGGUUUAACUUUCCUGUAGUACCAAUGAAGGAAGAAGUACUUAAUCUAGUGAGCAUCUUAGUAAAGCACCCAUCUGCUGUGCAGCAGUUGGUUGGGAUUGGGGCAGUGGAAUUCUUCUCCCAACUUCGUCAAAACGUGGACCCAAAUCUGCAGGCUGUAAUAGAUGGGAUUCUGGAUGGACUAUUCCAGCUGCCUUCUGAUGUCUGUUCUGAUUACCAGGAAAUGCUGUAUAAAGAUCAGCCUGUGCGCCACACAGCUACUCCUGUAUUUUCCCAAGAACCUCAUGCUGGGUAUUUUCACAAAGGAGAAAAUGAUAUGCAAGAAACACCACCAAAACAGUUUUCUUUAAAACAUGGAGUGAAGUGUUUGAAGUUUUCUACGUUUCCUUGGUUAAUACUGACAUCAACCGAUAGACAUGUACUGUCAUCAAAUGAAAGUUCACUGAGAAGCAACAACCACAGAUUAAUUUGGAACACAUGUGAGCUUCUACAAGAUGUUAUCAUGCAAGAUUUUCCUGCAGAGAUCUUCCUUCAGCGACCAAAGAUUGUUCAGAACCUUCUCUCUCUGCUAACACUGGCUUUUGGAAGAGAUGGACAGUACCGUUUGGCCUUACAGGCUGUUUCAUGUUUGCAGCAGUUGUGUGUCUUUUUAAGGAACAGACUUAACUUUCACAGAGAUCCAAGUUUUGUCUCGAGUGAAACUGGUACAGUUUCACAGAAUUCAUCAAUGUCAUACUGUCAAGAAGCAAGACAGUCUCAAAAUCCAUCUCCUGAAAGCAGUAGUCCUCGACCAUCUGUGAUAGGGCGUACAGGUCAGCGUCCCAGAGGUGAUGGUCAAGAUUGGGAUGCAGCAUCUUCCAGUGGAAGCAGUGCUCAUGCAAAUGCGAACUCCAGAUUGUAUUCACCUUUAGAUAUGGGCUAUAUGGACCUGCCAGAACUGGGAAAUGAAAAUUCUUUGGAAUUACAAUUCCAGCAGCUUAGUCUGCCACAGUUCUGUGUGGCUAUUUUGGAAUAUGCUGUACCUCUUCUAAGAAUAGGUAGCAAGCGAAUGAUCAUGCAAGUUCUUGAGUUGCUGGCUGAAGACCUGCUGCUUAUUGUGAAUGCUGUGUCAGAAGAUGUUUGGGAAGAAAACAGUCUCUUUGGGCUAGAACUUAAAGAAAAGCUGCUUCGAGUCCUAGAUUCACUGGGUGAAACCAUUGCUUAUCAUAAAAGUAAUGCAGGCUCAGGCGCAGCAGAGCCUGUUAUAUUGUACCACAGGAUGGUAUUUAUUAGUAUUUCACUUUUCACAGUUCGACUGCUGCAAACACUUCUCCCUGUAGAAAAGGCCAACAAUGUUUUACCUGAAAGUUUACUGGCUGCUUUAUUUGUCCUUUCUGUGGACAUGCCAUUCUCUCUGGAAUAUCCAAGUAUUCACGACUCAGUCACAGCCUACUUGGAGCAAAUGAAUUCAGAGAACUACAGUAUUUAUAAGCAAACUGCAGAGGCUGCCUAUUCAGUUGCAUGCACCUGUAACUUUAUGCUAGAUGUCCACAAGGAGGGAGAAAAUAAUCUUUCCGAGUUACUGGAGCUGGCAGAACAAGCCCUAAAAAGUCUUCCUUAUCAUCAAUACUUUCCUCUACUCCAGAAAUUUAUCAAAAUUUGCUCGAACAUAUGGCAGUCUGCUCAGGCUAGUCCAUUCUUGCGAGCUGAGAGUCAGAAGCUGCUUCUCCAUCUAUUGUCUCAUCCUCUGCUGAAUAUAAGAAGCGAAGCUUAUCGCUACUGUCUUGAAAUAGUGAAGGAAUGCUUAGGCAUUCAUAAUAUUGCAAAACCUGCAUCUUCAGUCUGCCAUGGAAUACAUUUCUUGCUUCAUCCUAGAGUUCUCUAUGAAAUCUGUAGUUUUGGCCUUCAAGACUCUCAACAUGAGCAGGUAUCCUCGGCUGCCACAUUUAUGUUGAUGUAUCUUCUUCAGGGCCGAUUGAUGAUGGCACCAAUGACCUGGAACAAGUUUAUUGAAGCCCUCUAUCCCAUUGUUCCAAUUCUUCAGGGUUACGCAGACACAGGAGAACCUCUGGGUAACUGCAUCCUUGCACUGAGUGAAACAAAUGAUGAAAAAGAAGGGAUUCUCCCAAGAACUACUCGACUUAGGGCUGCUCUGCGUCUUCUGUUCUCAAAAAAGCCACUAGUUCGUUCCUUGGCGCUAAAACACCUCAUGUUCCACCUUACGGCUGAAGAAGGGGCUAACAUGAAGCGCCCACUACUGAAUGGUGGCGUCCUCUCCAGUGUUCCUAAUCUGUUUAUUGUGGAAAAACCUGUUCAGUUAAAGUUGGAUGAAUCUAAAGAAUCCAUGUUUAAGGCUGAGACUGUUGAAAAGCUGUAUGAUAUCUUUAUCUCAGGUACUAUUGAUCUAGCUUUGAGGAAGUCUGCUGCUGAACAGCUAGCUGUAAUUAUGCAAGAUUCUAAAAUGCAUGACAUCAUUAAAAAGAUGGGUGUAAUAGACAGAAUACUUGCUUAUUGUACUGAAUGCGUUCAUCGUGAUGGCAAGAUCAUGGACUGUAUGGUAUUGCCUUGCCUUACACUCUUAAGAAAACUUGUAUAUGGAGAUCCAGUUAAACGGCUGUCAUUGGCCUUCCAGCCUUAUGUUUUACUCAUGUUAUUUCGAGUUUCUUUAAUAUUCCAAGAACAUGGAGCUGUGAUAAAUGAAGUAGCAGCAUUAUUUUGCCUUCUACUGUUUGAUGAAGCAGCAAGAAAAGAGAUGUGGGCUGAUACAGUUUCCUGUGACUCCUCAAGCAUUCUCCCUUUUAGUUUGCCCGUUGCAAUUAUGAGACGGUAUCAUCUGCCUGUCAGAAUUACUGCUUAUCAUGCAGUGAGCCCUAACUCCGUAGUGUUACCAUUUUCUUGCGAACUCUGGUCCUCGAAAUCUGUGUCAGACAUGCUUAAAAUGGCUUGGAAUCUCUCUUGGUUUCAUGGAAUUGAUAACUUACUACAACUCACAAAUUAUGAUACAAGAAGCCAAGAAUUUUUAGGCACAUUAAAACUGUCUUCUGCGGAUAUUAUUGCACUGAGGAUAACACACACAACCAGUGGACUGCAAGAUUGUCUUAAUUCAGUCGUUCAGGCAGUGUCCCACAGGGAAGUUAGGGCUGCUGUCAUGAGGAUGAAUUUUUAUGUUUUAAAUGACAGGCUGGCAUUAAUGUGCAGCAGUGGUCCUUGUGGGGCCACUUUGAAGUCUUUGGCUUGGCAAACAGCAUUAAGCAGGUUUCUUCAGGUGCUUCCAGCUUCUUCAGAAGAUGAAAAACUCUUGGCUGAUGUUGUAUAUUUUCUAAACAAGUUACUAAAGGAACAACAAAGUACUUCAGAGGUAGAACACCUAAAGUGGAUUCUGGAUGUAUUGCUGAAGCAUAAUUCAGAGUCUCUACUAAAUCUGGUUGUGCAACCAGAAUCCCAGUCACAAGAUGAAAUGGGUGACACAAAGACUGCUGUGAGACGACAACUACAGAAAGAAUUGAUUACUUUCUUUAAUACACUUCUGCUCAGCUUCAUGUCAGUUUCUGACAGGAAAGAUCUAGAACUUGCUGGCUAUUUCCGAACGGAACUGGCCUUGAAACUUAUGCAGUAUUUACGGAUAACGGAUGCCCCUCACUUCUAUGGAUUGCCUUCUUUGGAAAGGACACUAAGAGGAAUGGUUCAUGUCACUGCUGUUCCAGGCUGGAGUUCCUACUCUGUUACAAUGGAACCAUUUACAAUUUGUAAGAAAUACUUAGCAGGGUUUCUUGAGGUCAUCUCUUCUUUUUAUGUUGAAUGGAGAGGAAAUGCCAUGUCCUUCAUGGGAAAAGGUGUCACUAAGUGCACCAUUCUUUGUUUGCUUCACUUAUCCCAUGAAAUGCUGGCUCAAGCCCCAAAUACGGACUGGGUAUCUCUCUGGUUCUUGCCAUGUGACAAUAGCGAAGAACAAUUUUCUUCUCCACAAGGCCUGGCUUGGCUGAUUCCAUUAUGGGUGGACAGAGACCCAGAGGUAAAAUUCACCUCACUUGCUAUAGGAUCAGCUCUCACAUCUGUUGAAGCGGGUUGCAUUGCUUUGGCUGAAAGCUGCCAGAAUAUAUCAGGAGGCUUAUGGGGAACAGUGUUAAACAUCCUUCUGGACCAGUCUGAGUGCAGCAUGGUCCGGAGAGAGGCUGCAUUUAUUCUUCAGAAUCUGUUGGUGAUCCCAUUGCCCACUGAAGAGGUUAAAGACUCAAUUUGGCAGGGACCUUGUGUGCAUGAUGAAGAAUCUGGCUUAUCUCUGACAGGAAAACCUGCCCUGCAGGCCCUGUUAUAUCAUUGCCACUUCUAUGAACAUUUGAAUGAGAUGGUGAGACAGUGCUACCUAGGUCGAUACACAUUUGAUCUAAACUGUUCCUUGGGAAAAAGCCUGGCAGCAGAGAAGAAUAGUAUAAGUGAUGACUCCAUUAGCUCUUGGAGACUCCUGUCUACUAAAAGUCAAUCUCCAAGUUCUCAAGCAACAUCUGAGACUAUGAUCAUUUCACCAGUACAGGCUCUGGAGAAUGCUGUGGAAUUACAAGCAACCACCUCACCAUCUGCUAGUGUUAUCCAUGAAGUGCCUGUUAAUCGGCUUGUGGCUCAAGGACAGAGUGACACAACCACAACAACAUCCUCAAGUCUACACGAUUCCCCACGGUCCACCAUUAGACCUAAUCAGUGUGCUGUGGUCACACCCCCUCUUCUUUCAGCUAUGUGCAGCUUACUGAAUAACCUGCUGAUUGUCACUCCAAAAGACACUGGGAUUGCUGUUCAGCAAGCACAUACACUAACUGCUCUCAGUAGUCUUAUAAAUUCAGGCUUGAUAGAGAGAUGUCUCUUGGAAAUGAAGUUGCCCCUUCCUCGACAAUCUCAUAUGGAGUAUUCAAAAAUUCAGGUUUUAUUUCUACUGCAGUUUGUCUCAUCAUUGUCCCAUCUCCUGCAAUCAUGUUUGUUGGCAGACACUCACCUUGUGAUGCAGGAGGAAUUAUUGACACCUCUCUUAACAAACACCUUCAUGGUCCUCUCCAUUCGUUCAAAGGAUGGCUUAGAGCCUGAAUUAUCUGCUGCAGUUUACCAAGCCUGGGAAGAUUUAUUCAGCCUUCUAGCUACGCUGUUAAGAAAAUGUGGCCAUACUUCUCUCCCAUCAGUGACUGCAGCUCUUGCAAAGCAUUGGACUGCAGUACUUGAUACAGUGUGUGAAUGUGUGCACCUUUCCAUCAGUCACCCUGAUUUGCAUGUGGCCUGUUUGCAAUUCCUGGCCAUUCUGUUUUCUGAGGAGGGGAAGAGAGUGCUUUACAGCAAAGAGAGUGCAUACUACCACCCAACUGUGGUCUUCCUUCUUGAUGAAGAUGAAGAGAGUCGAGCAUCUGUAGCCCAACUUUGUGAAUCAAUAAUUCAGAACUAUGAGGGGAAAUCCUCAAAAGAUGUCCUGAAACGUAUUGCUGCAAGUGCUUUACUUCCCCUUUUGGCCAUCAGUAAAAAUGCUCAGAACUAUGCUUUGGAAGCCGGCCUCAUUGAGAGCUGCUUGGAACAGAUGAAGCACAUUCAUGCACAAUUGAACCUAGAUUCCUUGAAACCUGGAAAAGCAGGCCAGAAAAAGAAGGAUGAUCACCUCGACAAAGAAUUAAAGCUUGUCAUGCAGCUCCUAAGAAAUUGUUUCUUUCGAAAUGAAGGCUGCAAAGCAGUGGCCCUCGGAUCUCACCUUAUGUCUGUUAUGCACUCUCUGUGGCCGUGGCUUUUAAUGGAUGAUUCACUGAUGCAAACAACCCUGCAUUUACUUUGUGUCUACACUGCAAACUAUCCUCCAGGUUGUAGUCUCCUGUGUACAGCAAAUGCUGGAUUAUCUCCUCAUCAGACAGUCCAGAGAACUGCAGUUGGAAAUUCGCUAAUGCACAACAUUGUGAAGUUAGCAUCCCAAACCCCAGCUGAGAACAGCAUAGUUCAGCAGAUGACCUUUAAUCUUCUUGCUAACCUUGUUGUAGCUCAUGACUGCAAGGGUGUACUUCAAAAGAAUAACUUUUUGCAGAACUUUUUGUCAUUAUCAUUGCCAAAAGGAGGAAAUAAAUACCUUGGUAUUCUGGCUGUUGGUUGGCUGAAACUCCUGUUGAACUUAUCCUUUGGAGAAGAUGGACAGCAAAUGAUUGUCAAGCUGAAUGGAAGCUUAGAUCAACUUAUAGAGAUGACCAAAUUCAAACAUAAGAGUAAUCCCUAUAUUGUCCUCCUGAUUCUGCACAAUAUAUGCUUUAGCUCAGCCAACAAAGCCAAGAUACUAGCUAAUGAUAAAGUUAUUGCAGUGCUGUCUGCUUGCUUGGAAAGUGAUAGCCCCACUGCUCAAAGAAUAGGAGCAUCUGCACUUUGGGCUUUGCUUCAUAAUUAUCAGAAGGCAAAAGUGACUUUGAAGAAUCCAUCAAUAAAGAGAAGAAUAGAUGAAACGUAUGCUUCAGUAAAGAAAACUGUUAAACAAAAUCAAGAAAACCAACAGGAUGUCUACUACUUAAGAUGUCUGGAGACCCUAGUGCAACUUCUCAGCAGCUGAUGAACGCUGUACGAUGUUGCAUGUUGAUGCAGGACUGGCUUUGCUGGAGUAUGCCAGGUCCAAGAUGGAGUUUUUAAGUACCCUUUUGUGGAAGACAUUUACCACUGGGAAGAAUAUUCUGAUUGGGGGGGGGGACGGACACAGAAGCUGAAUAUCCUCUGCAAAACAAAGUUACACUGUUUAUGUGGUGUUUCACUGGAAAUGAAAUUCCAAUAUCAUGAUGCUGUACAAAGUGAACAGAGAGAAUAUUUUUAAAUAAUGUAAAUUUUUGUAUUUAAAAAAAUAUUGAAACUGUAUCAAUAAACUUCCUGCACAAUG